AUGUCAACCAAGUCUGUAUGCGAUUUUUUCCUUCCCAGUAUUAACAUUACAUGUGACCCGAUCAAUCAAGACCAAGAGAUGCGACUUAAAGACGUUCGGUCACAUCCUGACAAGCGUGACUCUGUAGCACUGGCCAAAUCGACCGACUACAACGCUGCAGAGGCUUGA